UUGGGAUGAGGACGUUUUAACAUGCAUGAUGGAGAACUUUGGAAACAAAGUAUCACUUCCUCAAAUAUAUAAGUAGUCCCAUGAUCUUCAUGCAAAUUAAUAGCAGACUGGAAAAGUGAUUCGAGUGAAAGUUACGUCGCCAUGCUUUUUCUACAUACUUUCAAGAAGAUUUUGUUGAUAAUUAUCCUUGGAUUCACUUCAAGCAAGGGAAUACCAUGGUAUCAAUGGAAGCCUGAAUUUGUGCUGACAUACGAACCAUCUCCAGCUCGAACAGGUUCGUCGGUCUCCCUCACAUGUCAGGCACCGAGCGGGACCCUUCUCGGAACAAGUGAUAUUUUGCAGUGGAAACAUGAAGAUAAGAUAUUUGUAAAUGUCAACUCUAAUACCUGUCAACCAGUUUCAACACGCCUGUCGUGUAAAACCGACUACAGCAGGCACAUCGUCACCAUCAACAUAUCAAAUGUAACGAUGGCUGAUAGCGGGCUGUGGCAUUGUAAACGCUAUGGUAUAAGGCAGCAAAGCAAUGUUGUACAGCUUAAUGUCACUUCAAAAGUUUCGCCCAAAUUACUUGUUUCUGUAACCAGAGAUGCGUCUUCCUUCUCGAUAACCUGUCACAUAAGUGGUGACUACGAUGGUGUGGAAUUUAAACGGUGGCUUCAGUAUUACCAGAAUGCAUUGAUCAGGGAAAUUGCUGGUCAGAAGAUCAACAGGUCAAGCAAUGGAUUGACCAUCUAUGAACCAUCAUUCAAGGACGAUGGUGUUUAUGUUUGCACAGCGGAAUACUGGGAUGACGGUUCCUAUCACAACCUGACACGGAAGAUACCAGUUGAUGUCAAAGCACCUCCAAGGAUUCUGAACAACACUCAGGGCGCAGAUCCUCCACAGCUCGUUUUACCACCAGGAGAAUCCUUCACAAUGGACCUCCUCGUCCUCAGUAAGAGUCCAGUCUCAUACACAUUCUUCAUGAAUGGACAGGCCAUAGAGAUGGGUGCUGAUGACCUGGUCCGAUCUGUCAUGACACCUUCGGAGAUGAUGGUGUUGACCUUUGGGCAGAAUGUGACCAAAUCUGGUUAUAUGGUCAGUCUCAUUAUACCGGAUCAGCCCCAGCGCCGUGCCGGAUUGGUCACGAUGUCCAUCUGUAAUUCUGAAGGAUGUGCGCAAUAUGUAGGACCACGACUAUCAGCCGGCAAUGAUGACGUCACUGACCGACCGGAGAUGCCGAAAGGGUUCCUGGCUCCUGUUGUCGUCGCUGUGAGUGUCGUAUGUCUGAUUGUUGUUGUGGCCCUUGUUGCUGUCGUUGCCGUCUUGUGCAGAAAAAAACGAUCAAAAGUUUCAGAAACUUCACGAAUUAGAGAAAAUACUUAUGAUGGAAUGUACGAGUCCCCCGCAGAGGUCGAACUGAAGUACCAGGGACUCGUGAAGACUCCACUGACAUAUGCUCCCCGAGUUCCAAAACUACCACUGCCUUCUGUACCGCCUCCGGAGGACGACCUGUAUGAAGACGCAGCAAGCCUUUAAAUACUUCUGAUAAUUUUAUGGUAAGGGACUACCACAAAAUAAAAUAAAAUAGGGAGAUACUUAUUUUUUCGAUCACGGCAUUUUUGUUUUUUAAAGGAGAAACCGAACAUUUAUAUCCAGGCCUCACACUCCCAUCACUAACCAACUCCAGAAAUAUAUACUCCAGGCCCUAACUUAAAUCGACGGAACCUGUGGUCAAAGCCAUGGCAACUCGCUAUGCGACAUUGCCUCCCUUAUCUGUGCCAGGAUCAGGCAUGAUUUACUCCGAAAGCGAUUCUUGCUGCUUCAGCCUUACUGUGCUCGGUUAUGACCUGAGUCACUCCCUUUUAACCCCCAUUAACCUGACACACCGUGAUAUAAGUGAAACACGUUUCUUGCAGCGUUACACGAAACUCACUCAGCAGGCCACUGUGUUGGAAUACGCAGUAAGCUUUAAGAUCUUUCCUGUGUUUUUUUCAGGAAAUAGGGUUCUAUCCUACGCGAUGGCUUUUAAAACUCCUUAAUCAUAUUGUCCGUAGUUUUGUAAUCGAAUGUAGUUCACGCCUGUUCAAAUGGACCGGGAUACAUCGUUACAUUGUAGCUGUUAAUGGCGUUUGCAAAGCGUAAACGCAAAAACAUGUUCAUGUACGAUCUUAAAAAAAUGAAAACAUCAUGAUGUAUUUGUUUGUCAGGGAAGAUUUGACAUUCUCUGUGUAUGGUGAAGUUGCCCUUUGGGUUAUGAUGAAGACGUGUCCAAAUGUCAUAUCUCGUGUUUCCAUUAUAUGCAUGAUCGUGUAAAGCCAAUAUAUGAUUACUGCUUCAGUCUGAUUGCUUUAUGCACCAUGCCCACAGGUCGAUGUAGGGUAAUAAUCACACGCCCAGUGUCAGUGAACUGUAGACCAAUGUCCUUUCAAUAGCUACUUGACUAUCACGCAGCGUUGAUCAUUAUGAUUGCAUCCUGAUUUUAAUAAUUAAAACGAAAGCUUUUUAUUUGUCGUGAAGGUUGUGACGACUUAAAAAAGAUGUUUGCUUGAAACACGUUUUAAAAGUCGCAUAGAAUUAGAUACGUUGAAUCCGUUUGAAUGUCCAGUCACAACGUUUUAGCAUGACAUGAAACUAUUUCGGUUUAUCAUAAUUGAAUAUGUUUGGAAUCAGAACUCAAACAUCCUUAGGGACAGACCAUUUUUAUAUAUUUUCUCAGCCAAAAGCGAAUGGUCAGUCCCUUACUUUCAAGUUUAAAAAAUGUUCUUGUAUUAAGGUAAGCUUAACAAGGUCAUCGCGAGUAUUGUAACAUUUGAAAACAAAAUGAUAAGAUGCUGGUUUAUUUUGACAUAAGUUAGCGGUUAUUCUAUCAUAUAAGAAAUUAAGAAUAAAAUAUAUACCAUCAACGCCAGAGAAUAACCAGUCACUGAUUCCAAUGGGCGUGAAAGGCAACACAACGGUGAAAAUGAUAUAAGUGGAUCACUGAAAAUCAGUGAUGACACCAGGUGUUCGCGAAGAAACAGGUUUCAGACGUAUGUGUACAUCUAUGCGCAUCAAAAUUACUCCUCUGUCUUCAAUCAAUACAAUGAAAAAAAGUAUUUUUAAAAUUAAACUAGAUUAUUCAAGAACAUUUUCUUCUUCACUGUUAGUGUAAAUGCGUAUUCAGUCAUCAACAUAUUUUAUACGUAAAGAUCAUGGUCAAUAACCGAUACUUGUUGUACGCCGCCACUAAUGAGAUACGGGGGUCAGACUGACUGACCAUUGCAAUGAUAUGAAUCACUGGAUUGUCUAGUCCAGACUCGAUUAUGUGCAGAAUAUAACUGGAAUAUUGCUGACUGGGGCGUUAAACAACAAAUGGACAAAGAAACUAUGUUAUAAGUAUGUGUACGUGAAUGUUAUGAACGUCUUUCCAAUGUUUUGUUCUGGCUUACAUGUACAUGCUUCUUGUAAAGCGUCGCAUUUUUAUUUUACCUUUCUGUUUUUAACUGUAUAGGGUGUUCAAGGUCUUCAGUACAUCAUGCUUGUCGUAAGAGUCGACUUAAACGUUCAUUGGAUGAUUGGGUCUCGGUGACCUGGUUGGUGACAUGACAUCGUGUCCAGGGGAUAUUUGCUCAUGAUAUCAAGCACUUGUUAGCCUGGUCUAGACACGAAUAUUUACAGGACGUCGUUCUUUAGCUGUAAAUAGAGCUGACUGCGGCAUUAACCAACAUUCUUUCCCUCACUCUAUCACAUAUCUAAUAUUUUCAUUCGGUUUGUUUAUAAGGUACUGAUGCUUACAGCCAUCAAUUUUGUAAUAUUACUCAGUUCAUUGCGAAGUAUUUCAUGCAAAUAUGUAACCACGAUGUCACUUGAUGUAUCUAUUUUUAUUAAUAAAAUACGAUUUAACUUU